AUGGGUUCUACCUCACCACCCCGCGAGAGCAGAAAGCUCUUCUCGCCACUCCGUCUCGGAACAAUGAGUCUCGAACAUCGAGUCAUCAUGUCGCCGAUGACGCGCCUGCGCUGUCCUGGCAGCGUGCCGACUCCGAUCGUCACGGAGUAUUAUACUCAGAGAGCGACGAAGGGAGGGCUGCUUAUCACUGAACGAUGGAAGAAGGUGACGGAUGCUGUGCAUGCCAAGGGUGCAUUCAUGGCGUGUCAAUUGUGGCACGUUGGGCGAUUUGCAGUCUCAGUCUCGCUGGGCGACCGCCAGCCAUUGAGCUCUUCCGCAACCAAUAUUGGCUAUUUCAACAGGAACACGCGCGGAGGCGUCAAAUAUCCUCAUGAGACAGCCAAGUCGAUGACAUUGCAGGAUAUCGAAGACACAGUUGAUGAUCAUGUGCAUGCUGCGAAAUGCGCGAUCGAGGCCGGGUUUGAUUGUGUCGAGAUUGCGUCAGGCAAUGGAUAUCUGCUCGACCAAUUCCUCAAUACUAACACCAACCUCCGUACCGAUGAUUACGGCGGCAACAAAGAGAACCGAGCUCGACUCGCGCUCCAAAUUCUCGAUGCGGUGAUCGCCGCUGUCGGGGCAUCCAGGGUAUCAAUCCGAAUGAGCCCAUGGGGAACGGUUUGGUUGCCAUUAGAUACAGAUCCCAUAGCGAGCUUCCGGUAUACGCUGAGCGAAGUCGAGAAGCGAGGAGUCGCAUACGUAUGCCUUACUCAGCCGCGGGCCGAUCUUCUACUCGAAGAGAAGACUAAGACAGAAAACAUGUACACAGCUAUCAAGGAAGGGAAAGUGGCUGCUACGAUCGAGGAUCUCCAUCUCAGGCACUUCUUGGAGGUCCUGAAGACAACGCCAGUAUUGGCAAACGGGAAUUACAAUGGCGAGAAUUGCUUUGAGGAGGUAGAAAAGAAUGAGGUAGAUGCGAUCUCGUUUGGGAGGUGGUAUAUCAGUAACCCGGAUCUGGUGGAGAAGCUUAGGCUACGGAAGAGACUGACCAAGUGGAAUAUGGAGACGGUUUAUGCGGCUAUGGUUGUGGCUGGGAGUGAGAGUGAGUGGUAUACGGAUUAUCCUUUCGGACAAGUUGAGGAAGAGGAGGCAGCAAAAUGA